AUGUUCCUUCGUAGUCCAAUUCUUCGUCUUGCACAAACUCAACGUCAAUACGUUCGUGUAAUACCUGAAGCAAUCACGAAACCCAUUUCCAACAUCAUGUCUUCUGAUGCACCCGAACCCACCGGCUUGAUCGCCAACAAGGGCCUUGAGCUUUUGACUUUUGGCACUCCCAAUGGCCACAAGAUCACAAUCUUUCUUGAGGAGUUGAAGGAAGCUUAUGGCAAGGACUAUGUCUACCAGAGUGUCAACAUCAUGAAGAACACACAANAAGAGCCUUGGUUCACAAAGUUGGGACCUAAUGGCCGUAUCCCUGUUCUCAUUGACCAUGACAAGGGCGGUCUCGCGAUUCAGGAGGGUUCUGACACGGAGAACAAGUUCUCGUUCAAGGAAGACCCUCAGCUGUCGUACCAAGAGCAAUGGGUCGCUUGGCAGCACGGCGGUCUAGGACCUAUGCAAGGUCAAGCCAACCACUUCUACAGACUCGCGAAGGAAAGGAUCGCUUAUCCCACACAGCCGCAUACUGACCGCUUUUUGUGUCAUAUAGNNCGCUAUGUAGGCGAGACGGAACGUCUUUACGGAAUCUUGGACAACCAGCUCAAGGACAACUCCUACCUCGUUGGCGACAGGUAUACGAUCGCCGACAUUGCAAAUUACAGCUGGGUCAACCUAGCAUACUUCUCGGGCGUCGACCUCAGCAAGUUCCCCAACUUGGAGAAGUGGUGGAAGUCGAUCAAUGAUCGCCCGGCAGUUCAAAAGGGUCAAGCUAUCCCUGGCGUUUCACCUAUGAUCAAUGCCAACUUCCAGCAAAAGCUCAAAGACGACAAGGAGUUUGCGGACAAGAAUACCGAGUUGCAGAAGUUGAGGGAUGAGGCCAAGGAGCAGUACAACUACAAGUACUCGAGCCCUUAA